CACCAACCGGGGAGCGGAUAACGGCGGCUGCUACGGCGCAUAUCGAGCUGCUUGGGCGUCCGCAGCAGCGCUUGUGCCGUUUUACUGCCUCCUUGCACAUGUCAGCGGCAGAAUAGCGUCAUCGACGACAGUUCCGAGGAUGAGUGCGACUGUUUCCACACGAGCUCAGGACGGAUGGAUUUAGCGAACGCGGCGAUCCGGCCGAGAGGACACAUGACAUGCGUUCUGCUCCCCUGACGAUUCUCUGGGACGCAGUUUUUGACGCCUGGCAUGCUUUUAUUUGCGGGACUUGCUGUCGUGGAUGCGGGAUGCUGCGCGCCGCGCCCCGGGAGUUAUUGAUAAUAAGGAGAACGCAGCUCGGUUCUGUCACAGCCUGUCUCGCGCGCGAAGCGGAUUUUUCGCCGGACUGUGGCGCACCGUGAGCAUCUUGUUGUUUUUGGUUGAUGAGGACGGGCCGGCGCGGCGCUGUCUCGUCUGACGGGAUCCGAUCCGCAGGAACCGGGGCUCCGCCGCUCACCUGCUCGUUUCAACGCUCAAUAAUAAACCUUCAUCAUGGCCGAGAAGACGCUGGAGCAGGGCUCGGUCAGCAUCCCCAUGGAGGAGACUAAGCAGGAGGCGCCGCUGCUCACCCACCUGAAGAAAGUGGAGAACCACAUCACUGAGGCCCAGCGCUUCUCCCACCUCCCCCGCCGCUCCGCUGUGGACCUGGAGUUCAACGAGCUCUCCUACACGAUCCGAGAAGGCCCCUGGUGGAGGAGGAGAGGUUACAAGGCUCUCCUCAAGUGUCUGUCGGGAAGAUUCAACAGCAGAGAGCUGAUUGGCAUCAUGGGGCCUUCUGGAGCUGGGAAGUCCACACUCAUGAAUAUUCUGGCAGGAUACAGGGAAACUGGGAUGAAGGGCCAGAUCAUGGUGAAUGGUCGACCCAGGGACCUGAGGACUUUCAGGAAAAUGUCCUGCUACAUUAUGCAGGAUGACAUGCUGCUACCACACCUCACCGCGAGGGAGGCGAUGAUGGUUUCUGCCAAUCUGAAACUGAAUGAGAGCAUGCAGGUCAAAAAAGAACUGGUGGAUGAGAUCCUGACGGCGCUCGGCCUUCAGGAGUGCGCUCAGACGCGCACCAACGCUCUCUCCGGCGGCCAGUGUAAGCGACUGGCCAUCGCCCUGGAGCUGGUCAACAACCCGCCCGUCAUGUUCUUCGACGAGCCCACCAGCGGCCUGGACAGCGCCUCCUGCUUCCAGGUGGUUUCCCUCAUGAAGUCGCUGGCUCAGGGAGGAAGGACAAUCAUCUGCACCAUUCACCAGCCCAGUGCCAAGCUCUUCGAGAUGUUUGAUAAGCUGUACAUCCUCAGUCAGGGUCAGUGCAUAUACAAGGGCACGGUCCCUUACCUCAUCCCGUAUCUGAAGAACCUGGGCCUCCACUGCCCCACAUAUCACAACCCGGCGGAUUUUAUCAUUGAAGUGGCAUCAGGGGAGUACGGGGACCUAAAUCCAGUGCUGUUUGAGGCGGUUCAGGGUGGUAUGUGCGCCGAUGAGGGCAAGAAGAACUCAAGAGACAAGAGUGACUCUUCCUGUCCUUCUCAAUGCCAUAGUGACACAGGGACACUUGAGAAACACAGCUUUGCCACCAGUACAUUCACACAGUUCUGCAUCCUCUUUAAAAGAACCUUCAUCACAAUAUGCAGAGACAUGGUGCUGACCCACCUCAGGGUGAUGUCCCACCUGUCUAUUGGAGUGCUGAUUGGCCUGCUUUACCUUAAAAUUGGAAAUGACGCCAGCAAGGUUUUCAACAACACCGGCUUCCUCUUUUUCUCCAUGCUGUUCCUCAUGUUUGCUGCCCUGAUGCCCACCGUCCUUACCUUUCCUCUCGAGAUGUCCGUGUUUGUAAGAGAACAUCUCAACUACUGGUACAGCCUGAAGGCUUAUUACUUAGCCAAAACCAUGGCUGACGUACCUUUCCAGGUGCUUUGUCCGAUCAUGUACUGCAGUAUUGUGUACUGGAUGACGGAGCAGCCCCCAGAGGCGGGUCGCUACCUGCUGUUCAUGGCCCUGUCCACCUCCACGGCCUUGGUAGCCCAGUCCCUGGGUCUGCUUAUAGGGGCUGCGUCUACAUCUCUGCAGGUGGCAACUUUUGUGGGUCCGGUCACGGCCAUACCGGUGCUCCUCUUCUCUGGCUUCUUUGUCAAUUUUGACACCAUUCCCAAAUACCUACAGUGGAGCUCCUACGUGUCCUACGUCAGAUAUGGCUUUGAAGGGGUCAUACUCUCUAUCUACGGGAUGAACCGGUCAGAACUGGAGUGUCCGGGCCUGGUGUGUAAGUUCCAAAAGCCAGAGGAGGUUCUGCAGUUGCUGGACGUGGAGGAUGCGAAGCUUUACGUGGACUUCAUGGUGCUGGGGGUUUUCUUCCUGGUCCUCAGACUGGCCACCUACCUGGUCCUCCGCUACAAAGUCAAGUCGGAGCGUUAAGCCAUUCACUUACAAUCACGGACGGGUUUGGACGGCAUCAACCAACCUGUAGUCUCUCCUUCUCUGUCUGUUCCUCACACACAUGUACAAAGACUUAAACACAUCCAGUGGAGCUCUACUGAACCAUUACCCAGAGUGCAUCAUCUUUAAACUGGUAUGCUACAUAAAAGGGAAGCUUUUGUCUGUCCAUACCUGGUGGUUCUUUGGGUGAUGAUAAUAGUACCUUUAACCUGACCAAUUAGCAGGAAGCAUGUUUCUAUGAACUGAGAAAUUUGGAUUUAUACCUGGUUAUCUGGCCACACCAAGAAGCUGCCACAUGAAUCUAAUGCAUCUGGAUUCACGGUGAGCCAUAGUCUCCAUCAUGGUGCAGGAGUAUGUCAUACCCUGUAACUCAAUUAAGAUCCAGAUUAGAGCUACUUCUACUUAUAUUAUACCUAAAUGGCCCAUAGAGAUGGAACAGGAACAACAUUUCAAGAUGGAUGCCUUCCAAGCCAGAAGAUGUUUUGCAGCACUACUCCAACCUGGCUAACGAUCAGGUGUCCUGACCACAAAGGCUUGUCUUAAGAAAACAAAGCGACUGCCAGUGGAUGAUUUUCCUCAUUCCUCCAUUUCUUGUGUGGAUCAUUUCAAAAGGCCUUGAGCUCUCCCUCUGACGGUGGCCAGCAGUGGUUCUCACGCUGCCACCCGGCCCAUGACCCCUCACGCUCCUCAUCAUCCCACAUUUGUUUCUGCCAUAACCGAGGAAGCCCCGUGGACCGGGGGGUGGAGGGGAGCGUGACUGUUGUUUCCAGCCGAACACGAGAGCAAUGUUACUGACGAAGUGCAAUAGCCUGUUCUGUGGUUAAAAACAGCAAUGUUUGUCUAAUCGAUGUCUCUCUUUAACACUCUUUGUUGAACUGCUUGUUUCCACUUGUUGUGUGACUCUUUAGCCGCCUCCCCUCCUGUUUCUAUUCUUCCCUUUCUCUCUGCUUCGCUGAUGUCUGACCGAUGUGUCCAAACCAAUGCUAGAUACUUGAAAUGCUGGCCGGGCAGUUUUUUGUGCCUCUGAACUAGAAUGAUUUUUGAGUUUUCUCUGCUUCAUUGUUUGUGCAUACACUUAAUGUCAACAUACGUGCUGGUUCUCCUGCACACACACACACACACACACACACACACACACACACACACACACACACACACACACACACACACACACACACACACACACACACACACAUUCAUCCUGGGCAAUGUAUAAAAUAGCCUCUUCUUGUCACAGGGCAAUGCAAAUAUUUUCCAAUAGACUUGCUAUGAAAUAUUUCUUACUUAAACUAUGCUUCUUAGUAAUCCUUAUUAUAAUGCAUAAAAUUAUGUGAGUAUAUAAUCAAUGAUUGUACAGUGAGUAUGCCAUGCUGUAAACAAAUGUAUAUUUGCACUUUUCUGUGUAUGUUUAUUCUUACAAUUACUUUUUAAUUUAUUUGUAUUUAAUUUUAUAUAUAUAUAUAUAUAUAUAUAUAUAUAUGUGACAAGUGCUGCUUGAAAGUAUAAUGGGAAAACAGCAACUGAAUGUUGCAUGUUCACUUUAGGAAUGAAAUUUAUGAAAUAUUAAAUUUCGCGUUAAAGCAUUAUGAUUUAUUUUCCUCAUGUAACCUGUCACGUUUGAGGAGAUGUGGACGCUCUGCUCGUGUAACGUUUUUGAAAUGUCUGGAAUCAAGUGUGCAUCACUGGUGUAGAUAUAAAAAGGAAGAAAGAGUGCAAAGGUAAUGUUGAAGUGUGUGAAAUGUACCAGAUGGAGGGAGGCAAAAAUAAAUAACAGUCAACCAAACGUAUUAUUAUGUAGCUAUAGAGACUGUCGGUCUGUUUAGGAAGCAGCUGCGUCACAGAGGACGUAAGAGGCAGCUGCAGGUUUUUUUCAUUAAUAGCAAUAGUCAGCAUUGGGAGGUUUAACUGUUAAACCUCUCAAUGCAGGAGAUAUCUUUUAUAAUAAGACCAUAAUUUGAAUUUAGUUUCUACCUGGUUUAUUGUGUGCAAUAAAAAAUUCAAACCUUUCUUUUUUCAACCUUUGACAUCAGUUCAUGAAGGGAAGUAAUGCUGUAAGUUGCUUCUUUUCAUCAUUUUUUGUGCCUUUGUUGAUUCUGUUCAACCUCAAAAUAGGCCAAUAUGGUGGACAUGUUAAGUGGGUCAAUCUCAAAGUAUUUCAUUGAUUUUAAAUGACUAAAGAAAAGAAAUGAUAUUAAAAUCCAAUGUAGACAGCUGCUGGAUUUUUUUUUACCCUGAUUAAAAAAACAUGUAAAUGCAGAAAACGUUGUAGUGUGUGGACCAUGUUGUAUAAACUCAGUUUUACUGCCAAAACAAAAAUAUUUGUUUUUAUCUGUUCAUAUGUAAUGGCUAUGACUUUGUGGGGUAAAAAUAGACAUGUAGAAAAAAGCAGCUACAGAAAGUGAAGAGCUUCAAUUAACAGUGCUGAAAUAUUAAUGUGUCUAGAAAUGUGUGUGGUACCAAAGAAUAAACAAAUCCUCCUUUCUCUACUGAAAAUUUAAUAUAAUGAGAACAAUUCUCAGUGAGAUAAGCGUUCAUCUUAAUUUCAUAAGCAAGGAAAGUGCUCAAAAACAGAUGUCAAACAUCAUUUAUAGUAGCCCAUACCCCACUGAUUUUCCUUUUUGUGAUCUUCCAGUCCUCUUUUUUUCCAGUGUCUUCAUGUCAGAAAUGUAAUUAUUGUUAUCACAUAUGAUUUGACUCCACUAAUAAUUCAGUUUCAACAAAAUGUACUCAUGUUUCAGGAAAGUGACUGUAUGAGAUGCAGCUGGUCAGCGUUUGUUCAGAUGACUUUCUUCUGUAUUUUGUUUUUUCUUUAGUGCACUCAGCCAUGCAUGGAGAACAAUAAUAAGCAGAACGCGAGUGUGAAAGGCUGUUUAACAAAGGUUGUUGUUUAAGUCUGAUUAAUUUAUUUAUCCUUUACAGUUUAAUUUGUUGUUUCUCAACUCAAAAAAUGCUAGUUCUCUAUACUACACGCUAUUUCAAGGAUUAUAAUAAAGAUCAUUUAUAACCUUU